CCGCAGUACCGGAAGGAUGUCCUUUUCUCUUAUAAGAUUGCCCAGAAACAACACCAACAUCUCAUUUCCCGCUGUUAACCGUUAACAAACGCGAAAAAGAGCGAAACCGUCCAAUUAGAUUAUCUUUUAGUGCCACUUGGUGGCUGUUAGCCUUUGUCAAUCCGGUCUUCCGUAAACUCGUUUUAUCCGAUUAAAUCUGACGUGGGAGACCUUUUUGUAGGAAAAAAAGGGAUUUUCCAUAAAGAGCGCAGCGCUUUGCGCUUGGCGCAUUGUUUUCUUCCAUCGCUAUACAGGACGCACUUUACCCAAUCAUUUCCACCACAGUAACCUAUUGAGGGAAUUAUUAUUAUGGACCGGUUGUGGAUUUCCUUUGUCGUCGUAUUGUGCUAUCUUGUCAGUUGCAUCACCUGUAUGUCGGAGAAACCAACGGAAACGGCCAAAUUAGCCAUAAUCUCCGAAACCUCCCCUGGUGACGCUGACGCGACCAAGGAGAUGGAGAAGCGCGCCGGCGACUGGAGCGGCUUGAAGGCCGCCUGGGGCAAACGCACUCCACUGCAGCUGGACGGCAUCGUCAGCUAUGACGAUCUGGCGGAUGUUGACGGUGUCGGCCUGGUGCCCUUUGAACGGGAUGCGCGUGCCGAUUGGAAGGGCUUGCAAUCAGCGUGGGGGAAACGCGCCGACUGGAAGGGACUGCAGUCCGCCUGGGGAAAGCGCGCCUCCAAUUGGCAGGGUUUACAGGCCGCAUGGGGCAAGCGGGCUGACUGGAAAGGUCUGCAGUCGGCAUGGGGAAAACGCGGUGGACUGAAUGAUGAGUACAUUGAGAAUAUUCAACGCCAGAUGGAAGCCAUGAAGAAUCGACGCUCCAACUGGCAGUCGCUGGCUAGCUGGGGUCGAAGGCGAUAAGUUAUCAUAUUGCCGGAUUUCGAUUAUUUAUUGUUUUUGGUAAAAAUGCUUUCCGAUCCAUUCCGGCGUUGAGAACCAGUAAUGUUUAAUAUAAUGCAUAGAAAAGCUAUGACCGUUUUGCGUACAAAGUAGCAUUCUUAUUUCAGUCGACGUUUCGAGGUCAGCCUUUCGUGUUCUGUAUUUAAUUGUUUCGGUUGCGAUUUAAGUUUUCAUAUCCAAGACAGAAUUUUCUAUUACUCUGAAUUUGUUCCGAAGUUAUGAAAUUUGCAAUGAAAGCGGGGUAAACGAUUCGAGAAAUACACAUUGUGCAUUCUGCAAUUAUCAUAUUAAUUUCGUAUAACACACUAGUAAGUAAAUUUGCCCUUACGUAUCAUUAUCAACGGUCAGUAGCAGUUGCUAUUUAUCGCAUCAUUAAAAAAGCUUUCACAUUGUAUUCUAAUAGGUUUGCAUAUAUAUUACUUACUGUUAUUCUAUUGACUCUGACUGUAAAGGUAACGGUUGAGCGGAAUUCUUGUUGAAUUAAAAGAAAACAUCUUUAUCGGCUGCUCAA